AUGCCCGCUGGCCAGAGCGAAUCGGGGCCUGGUGUUAGGGCAUCCAGACUGGCCGGCAUGGCGGGACAGAGGGGCCUUAUCUGCCCGGGUCUUAAUACCCCGGGCGGGGGUCGGAAAGCGGGUGACAGAAGAGCGCCCAGUAAACUGCAGGGGUGCGGCGCGUCUCCAGGGACCGGAAACCCCCAGGGCCGCGCUAACCGGCAACAACCCGUAAUCCGAUCCUGUCUUCGGGAUCAGAAGAGAGGACAGCUGGCCCGCGCGCAAGCUCAGUCCCUCCUCCGCAUCCUACAGGAGGAGCCUCAGAAACGCACUUCCGCCGCGCGGGUCUACCUCCACGCAGGGCGCGUCCUAGGCCAGCUCACUUCCGCCCAGCGCUUUCUGCGGCUAAGGGGGUCGGGGCUUUCCUUUUCUCCUAUUCUUGCUCUUGCUCUUGACUCACCUUUUCCGUUUAACCCUUUUCUCCUCUUUUGGCCUCCAAAAAAGCAGUCGGCUGCCACUCCCGACUUUUUUGUCUGGGACACCCUCAGCUCUCACUCCAAGCCCAGCGCAGCGGCCAUCUUUGGUAAAUCCUGACAGCAGCCCGCCUGUCCAUUGUCCUGUGUGCCCAGAUGGAAGAACCACUCAUUUUUCGUGAUCAAGCUAGGGGAGGCAGGAGCAAUAAUGGCCCUGCUGUAGGGCUGGCUUUUAUUUGAAUUCCAACUCUUCUGCCACCUUACCCAGCUGUAUCCAGAUUUUAAAAGUUAAUCUAUCCGAGCUUCUUUAUUAGGUUGAUGAGAUGAUGCAUGCAAAGCGCUUAGAACAAUACUAGGCAUAAAGUAUCCGACAUAAAGGUUAAGUAAAAGUAAGGAAAAGCUAUGGAGAUGUAUUGAGUAUCUCUUUGCCCAAUGACAUAUUAGUCGUGUUAAAUAUGGAAAGUGCCUUUGAUUCUCUGUGCCCGUGGGAGAAGGCACUAGGAAUGGCCUUUUCCCACCUGUAAUCAGAGAGCAGCUGUUUGAGAACUCCUCAAUAUGUUUGCCAUCUCUCAAGCAGCCUUUCGGGCUGCUAAUUCCUAAGAAGUUUCCGCUUUUAUUCAAAUUGGCUCACUCCUUUUUGCAGGGUUUUGUACUCUUAAGGGUGGUGGACAAGCAAAGGUUUGGUAGCAUCACGUUUUUAAUUUCACAGGGAAAAUGGAUAUGAAACAUCUUCCCAAGUACAUCUUAGGCUGCCACUUGACAGCAAGCCAUAAUGCUCCCCAACUCUUGGGCCCUACACCCCUUCUCCCCCACCCCCGUUUUAAUUCGUCGUUGCUCAUGGACAGCUGGUUUGGGGACCAGGUGCAGAUGAUGGGAGGUGUCUUUAAAAAACAGCAAGUGAGAAAUGCUAGUUUUGUUGUUUUAAGUUGCACUGAUGACUGUGGUAGUUAUCUGUGCUGGUGAUAAUUUAUAAGGCGAUGAUAACGAAUUAAACAUACAAAAGAUUAUUAUCUUCCACAGGGAAAAAAAUGCAAACUUGUGACACCAUUUAUGAUCCGCUUAGUCUUGAGAUACUGAGUAAUAGAACUUUCUCCUUCCAGGCUGAAUUGUGAACUUGGGUUUGGUUUCUUUCUGCAAUCCCUGCAGGGCCAUAAAUUCUUGGCCCUUCAGACUGUUUCUCGUUGGCCCGUAACAGACUCAGUGAUACCAUCAGUAACCACAAUUCACAGUGGAGUCAAAUUAUCUUAUUCCCACACCAGUUGGAGAACUGGAGAUUCCUUAGAACUUGUAACUGUCAUGUUUUCAAAGUUGACAUGGAAAAUUUUACAUGAAGCUUAAAAAUACAACUAAUCUGUGGUGAUAGAGAUGAGAAGAGGUAAGCUCUAAAAUUAGAAGAGCAGUUCGUUUUGAGGCAGCAUUGAUUGGGAGGGAGCAUGGAGUAUAUAAUUAUACAUUUCUAUAUAAUGUAAAAAUUUAUAGAUUUAAGAUUUAUGCAUUUUAUGUUAAUUAUACUACAAUAAAAUGAAAGAAUAAGAAAGAUCAUAUAUAGUUCAAUCAAAUAUUGUGUACAAAGUAAUUUCUGUUAAACAUAUUUUUAUGUGUAUAUGUACCUUUUACAUGUAUAUGUUAAGGAUAUGCAUUAAAAUGGUAAUAACUUCCUCUGCUUAUUGGGAUAAUGGAGAGUUUUGUUACUUUUUGUCUUUUUUUUAAAAAAACAUGUUCUGCAAUGAUAAUGUAUUGCUUUUGUAGUUAUGAAAAACAAAAGUUAUUUUGUAAAUCUUUGUUACCGAUAAGAGAUGGGUGUUCUGUUAACUACUCAAUUCUCAUGUAGGAUAACAAAAUACAUAAUGUCUAUUUGAUAAAUCGAGAAACGGAAGCAUUACUUAGAAAUCUGAGUUACCUCUAAAAUAAUGACUGGCAUUUGAAGUUGACGAUGGGUCUUGAGUUCCUUUGAUUUUAAGCUCUUGGAUAUGAGGGUUGGGUGAGUUCCUCUUUUUCUCUCUUUCAAAAUAUAUGUAUGUUUAACUUUGCUAAAUAAAAGUUAAAAGAU